AUGAUAGAUUGUGGUAGUUUUUUAUCACAUUCACCUGGAACAUUUUGUGUAAAAAUUUAUCAAGAAAGCACUGGUUGGCAUUCAUGGAUAAAAGUCACACGGACUUGUGGUGCACGAACUGACUAUGGUUUAGCCUGGAGCUGUCGUUAUUGGUUUGAAGCACAAGGUGUUUACAAAGAAGUCUGCUACUGCCAAGACAGAGAUGGUUGUAAUAAAGCCACAACACUAUUCAUGAAUAACAAAGUUAUUUUACUCUUGACACUAUUUUUAUGUUUUAUUUUAUCAACAAAAUCGAUUUUUUUGUAA